AUGUCUUUUGGCAAGCUCUACGGGGCGCCUGAGAACGGUCGCAGCACCGCGUGUCGCAUCGCUGCCAAAGCCAAUGACCUUGAUGUUGAACUCGUUAAUACCCCCCCAGGAUGCACUGAUGCUGCGUACCUAAAAGUCAAUCAAUUGGGCAAGAUCCCAACAUUUGUCGGCGCCAAUGGCUUUGUUCUGAGCGAGAGCAUUGCUAUUGCAGUCUACCUCGCGUCCCAGAACGAGAAGACCACCCUUCUCGGCAAGACCAAGCAAGAUUAUGCAUCCAUCCUCAGCUGGAUGUCAUUCGCGAACCAGGAGAUUGUCAACAAUAUCGGAGAGUGGUUCCGUCCUCUAAUUGGAUUGUCUCCUUACAACAAAAAGGCCGUUGAGGAUACCUCGAAGCGUGCCCUCAAGUCCCUUGCGGUUUUCGAAAAGCACUUGACUAACUUCACUUUCCUUGUUGGUGAGCGUAUUACGCUUGCCGAUCUCUUCUGUGCUGCUCUCCUGUCCCGAGGAUUCCAAUUUGUUCUUGGCAAGGACUGGCGCCAGGCCAACCCAGCCACCGCCAGGUGGUUUGAGACCGUUAUCAACCAGCCCGCGUACAAGGCCGUUGUUCCAAGCCCCGUUCUCGUUGAGGAAGGCCUUAAAAAUGUCCCACCCAAGAAGGAGGAGAAAGCUGCCCCAGCCAAGAAGGAAGCCCCCAAGGAAGCCGAAGAAGAGGAUAAGCCAGCUCCCAAGGCUAAACACCCAUUGGAAUCUCUCCCAAAGCCAUCCAUGAUCCUUGAUGACUGGAAGCGCAAGUACUCCAAUGAGGAAACCCUACCCUCCUCAUUUUCCGUGUUCAAUGUUAACAAAUCAAAAGGUGGUUUCUUCGCCCGUCUCGAGGCCUCUCGCAAGUAUCUCUUCGGUGCUUGCUCCGUUUAUGGCGAGAGCAACAACUCCAUUAUCCAGGGAGCCUUCCUUGUCCGUGGCCAGGAGGCUGAACCAGCUUUCGAUGUUGCACCUGACUGGGAGAGCUACAGCUUCACCAAGUUGGACGGCUCCAAGGCUGAGGACAGGCACUUUGUUGAGGACCAAUGGGCUCAGGAUAAGCCAAUCACUGUCGAUGGUAAGACUUACGAAUGGGCCGAAGGAAAAGUUUUCAAGUAA